GGAAUACAUUUUGAAAACGGAGCUUUCUAAAACCGACGACGAUGCGAUAAUCAUGUGUAUUUUUCCUCAAACACAAAUCCACAAUGUGCGGUAAUUGGUACUUUGUCAAAUUUAUCCGGCGUAGUGUGGAAGGAAACAUUUUAUGCGUUGUCAGAGUGAAACCUUCGUUUCCAAAUUUUUCCGGCGUAGCGUAGACGGGGGGUAAAACUUGAAUAGGACUUUUGCAAUAAUUGGUCACGUGACGUAGUUUUCAAGAACAUACUGAUUUAGUCGUUUUCAAAUAUAGGCAGAGCUGGCAAGUCUUAUAUUUAAGCAGAUGAUUUAACAAUCCCGCCUUUUUGUUUAAACUAAUAUAAAUCUCGUGAUAGAGACCAGUAUUUCGUCGUUUCAUCUCUCGUAGAUUUAUUAAAGAAAGGAUAACCAUAGACGCCCAGGAAAAUCUGAAAAUGUGAAUUACACUCCUAAAUAAUGUAAACCUCCGAAGAAUAAGUAACACCGUGUGCAAUCAUACGAAUAAAGCUGUCGACGAGAGGUUCAUCCUGUCUGCAGCAAAUAUGAACAUCUCUAACUCGUCUACAGCUGUACCGAAUCAACCUCCACCUGGGAUAACUACUUUUACACGUACAACAUACUCUAUCUUGGCCACAGUAGCUAUGAUAGGAAACACCUUGGUCAUUCUUGUUUUCGUCUGGGACAAGAAGCUAUUAAAGAAAUCCUACAACAUGUUAAUCCUGUCCCUGGCUAUAUCUGAUGUUCUGACAGCAAUCAUGCUCAUCACAAACCCAGCUUUUGUUCUUGGUGACACGUUUCCUUAUCCAACCAAUCACGUGCUGGGAGACAUCUUCUGCCGGGUUAUAUGGAGUCGUGCGUUUCUCUUCCAGCUGGUGGUUUUCUCAGCGUACAUUUGUAUGGCUUUGGCGACGGAGCGGUGGUACGCAAUUAUCAAGCCUUACAAGUACAACGAGACCUUCAACCAGAAGCGAACCCUUGUUUACAUCUCGGUUGUGUGGCUGUGGUCGACGAUCCUGUGUGGCACCUCUCUGUUCGAAGUUGCAUACGUUUCUUCGAAUCCGCUGAAUCUACGAUGCAAAUGGCAGCUUUACUGGGGUAAGCAGCCGGUCCGUGGUAUUGUGGGUAUCAUUCAAGUCCUGUUGAAAAUGGUGCUUCCAAGCUUGAUUAUGCUGUCUCUGUUCAUUCACAUGGUUUACAAGGCAAGCAAGUCCACAAUCGCCUCAGCUGAGAGCAAGGCUAAAAUUCGUGGCAAAAUGACGCGCAUGGUAGGGGCAGCGUGCAUCAUGCUGAUCGUUUGCUUCGCGCCAAGUCAGACCAACUACGCGAUGGCAAUGGCGGGAAAAACACGGCUGGAUACCAAAUUGCACCAUGUCCUCUCCCUAUUGGUUUUUGUCAAUAGCUGUUUGAAUCCAUUCAUUUAUGGGCUGAGCAACAAGAAUUACCGUCAGGGCUACCUGAAAAUCCUGUUUUUGGUUUGCCCCAAGAGAAGAUGGAGGCAGAACAGGGUAAAAGAUGGAAGCGUCCUUAAUGCGUUGGAAAACGUCCAGGACACCGCAAGUCGCGAGAGGAACACAGAGGAGAUUCAGGAGAGAGAAAGUAACGAUAAUCACGUGUGAAUUGUCAGUUGAAAUUUUUAUCUUAACAGUAGGAAAAAGAUGGGGUUUACGUGGCACUACUUUACUUUUUAUCGCAUUACAGACAAAUUUCGGACAAAAGAUAACGUAAGGCAGCGUUCACACCACGCCGGAGAAAUUUGAAAACGCAGCUACAUUAAUUUUCUACGGUUACGCCCACCGUCCAUACCAAUCCGUCACGAAAACGUAGCUUUUCGAAAAUGCUCUUCAAACCGGAGGAACUGGAAAAGGUUAGCUUUUCGUUUACGCGUUUACGGAAAACGUUUUGAAAACGGAGCUUUUCGUAAACGAUGCCGCCAAGAUAAUCAUGUGA